CGUUUCGAUGCGAGUUAGCUUUCUCCCACUCCCCAGAGCCUUCUGCUAUUGAAAUUCGCAGUAAUGCUCUUUUGAGGAAAGCUGAGAUGCGCCGCACGAUGCUCAGACAGUGCGAAAAAUCCUACCGAAAAAAAACGCAAAGAUUUGAUGAGGGAAAAAAAAUCUCACCCAACCUCAUUGCCAACCACGUAGAAAAAUGUCUGAGGAGCAUAUGAUUAAGCCAGAGAGCGUUGCUCCCUCAAAGGACACUUCGGAAUGGCCUCUUUUGUUGAAGAACUAUGACAAAUUGUUGGUUCGUUCGGGACACUACACUCCCAUCCCAGCCGGCUCUUCGCCCUUGAAGAGAGAUUUGAAGUCAUACAUUUCUUCCGGUGUGAUCAACUUGGACAAGCCAUCUAACCCUUCCUCCCACGAGGUUGUUGCUUGGAUCAAAAGAAUCUUGCGCGUCGAAAAAACUGGUCACUCCGGAACCUUGGAUCCUAAGGUCACUGGUUGUUUGAUUGUCUGUAUCGACAGAGCCACCCGUUUGGUUAAGUCUCAACAAGGCGCGGGUAAGGAGUAUGUCUGUAUCGUCAGAUUACACGAAGAAUUGGAAGAUGCGAAGGAAAUGGGCCGUGCUUUGGAAAACUUGACCGGUGCUUUGUUCCAGAGACCACCUUUGAUCUCUGCGGUCAAGAGACAGUUGAGAGUGCGUACUAUCUACGACUCCAACUUGAUCGAGUUUGACAACAAGAGAGGCCUUGGUGUUUUCUGGGCCUCUUGUGAGGCCGGUACCUAUAUGAGAACGUUGUGUGUUCAUUUGGGUAUGUUGCUUAGUGUUGGUGGUCACAUGCAAGAAUUACGUCGUGUCAGAUCCGGUGCCAUGGGCGAGAACGAUAACAUGGUGACUUUGCACGAUGUUAUGGAUGCUCAAUAUGUUUACGACAACACCAGAGACGAGUCAUACUUGAGGAAGAUCAUUCAGCCUUUGGAGACAUUGCUUGUCGGAUACAAGAGAAUCGUUGUCAAAGACUCCGCUGUCAACUCUGUUUGUUACGGUGCUAAGUUCAUGAUCCCAGGUUUGUUGAGAUACGAGGAAGGAAUCGAGUUGUACGAUGAAGUUGUGCUCAUGACUACCAAGGGUGAGGCUAUUGCCAUUGGUAUUGCACAGAUGACCACGGUUGACUUGCAGUCUUGUGACCAUGGCGUUGUUGCUAAGGUCAGGAGAUGUAUCAUGGAGAGAGACACUUACCCAAGAAGAUGGGGUUUGGGCCCAGUUGCCCAAAAGAAAAAGCAGAUGAAGGCAGAUGGCAAGUUAGACAAAUUUGGCAGAGCUAAUGAGAACACUCCAGAAACUUGGAAGCAAGAGUACAAGGACCAUGCAGAUGAGGCUGCUCCAGCUGUUCCAGAGUCCAAAUUGGUUGCUCCAGAGGUUCAAUUGCCCAAGAAGUCUGAACCUGAAGUGAAGUCCCAGGAAACUAUUGUCGAGAAGGAAGAGAAGGAAGAAAAGAAGGAGAAGAAGGAGAAGAAGGACAAGAAAGAAAAGAAGGACAAGAAAGAGAAGAAGGAGAAGAAGGAAAAGAAGAGAAAGGCCGACGAUGAUGAGGAGCCCGAGAAGAAAAAGAAGUCCAAGAAGUAAAUCCAGCAUAUUCAUUUUUGUCACUCGCCCCUUUUGUACAUUGCCUUUCGUCAUAAAUCUUC